AUGGCACAGAUCGUAACAUUUUUUCAGAUGCUAUUAAUUCUGCUACUUCAUGAUUACAUCUCAGCUGAAGAUGGGGAAACAAGAGCAAGUUGCAGAACUGCCCCAGCAGAUUUAGUUUUUAUCUUAGACGGCUCUUACAGUGUUGGCCCAGAAAACUUUGAAAUAAUCAAAAGCUGGCUUGUCAAUAUUACAAGAAAUUUUGACAUAGGGCCAAAGUUUAUUCAAGUUGGAGUUGUCCAGUACAGCGAUUACCCUGUACUUGAAAUUCCCCUUGGAACUCAUGAAUCCACCGAGAACCUCAUCAGGGAAAUGGAGUCCAUACAUUACUUGGGAGGAAAUACAAGAACAGGAAGAGCUAUUCAGUUUGCCAUUGACCAUCUUUUUGCAAAAUCUUCAAGAUUUUUAACAAAAAUAGCAGUUGUUCUCACUGAUGGAAAGUCCCAAGAUGAAGUCAAAGACGUAGCAGCAGAAGCAAGGAAAAAUAAAAUCACUUUGUUUGCUAUUGGUGUUGGCUCAGAAAUUGAGGAGAAUGAACUUAAAGCUAUUGCCAACAAGCCUUCAUCAACUUAUGUAUUUUAUGUUGAAGAUUAUAUUGCAAUAUCAAGAAUUAAAGAAGUUAUAAAGCAGAAACUCUGUGAAGAAUCUGUUUGUCCAACAAGAAUUCCAGUGGCAGCUCGAGAUGAAAAAGGAUUUGACAUUCUUGUAGGAUUAGGUGUGAAGAAAAAGAUUAAGAAGAGAAUUCAAAUACCAACCACUAAUGCAAAAGCUUAUGAAGUAACCUCACAUGUUGACUUGUCGGAAUUGACAAGGAAUGUGUUUCCAGAAGGUCUGCCGCCAUCCUAUGUGUUUGUUUCCACUCAAAGAUUUAAAGUAAAAAAGACAUGGGAUUUGUGGAGAAUUCUAAGUCUGGAUAAGAGACCACAGAUAGCAGUCACUAUUAAUGGAGAAGAGAAAACAUUAUCAUUCACUACAACAAGUUUAAUAAAUGGCACACAAGUUAUUACUUUUGCUACACCUCAUGUAAAGGCAUUGUUUGAUGAAGGCUGGCAUCAGAUUCGUCUCUUAGUAACAGAAGACUUUGUAACUUUGUAUAUAGAUGACCAAGAAAUUGAAAUGAAGCCUUUACAUCCUGUUUUAGGUAUUUAUAUCAGUGGCCUAACCCAAGUAGGAAAGUAUUCUGGAAAGGAGGAAACUGUACAGUUUGAUAUACAAAAACUGCGAAUCUACUGUGACCCAGAGCAAAAUAAUCGAGAAACAGUCUGUGAGAUCCCGGGAUUUAAUGGAGAGUGCAUGAAUGGUCCUAGUGAUGUAGGCUCAACACCUGCCCCCUGCAUAUGCCCGCCAGGAAAACAAGGACCUCCAGGCCCCAAAGGUGACCCUGGGCAGCCUGGGAAUCAUGGUUAUCCUGGUCAGCCUGGUCCAGAUGGUAAGCCUGGGUAUCAGGGAUCAGCAGGAUUUUUUCCGGGUAUCCCAGGAACUCCAGGGGUUCAAGGACCACGUGGCUUACCAGGUAUCAAGGGAGAGCCGGGGAAAGAUGGGGCUAAG